CCCCGGUGCGCCCUUCGCCACCCUCUCCUCGUCGACCCUCCGCGCCCUCGCCUCCUUCAACUCGCCUCGGCACCACCACCCCGCCCUAGCCUCGCCGCAUGUCCUACUUCCUCCCUCGACUCGAGUCGGGCUGGCACGUCGACCAGGCCAUCCUCGCAGAAGAGUCGCGCGUCGUCGUCAUCCGCUUUGGCCACGACUGGGACUCGGACUGCAUGCGCCACGACGAGACCCUCCUCCGCACAGCAGAAAAGGUCAAGAACAUGGCCGUCAUCUACACGGUCGACAUCACCCAGGUGCCCGACUUUAACAAGAUGUACGAGCUGUACGACCCUUGCACGACGAUGUUCUUCUACCGCAACAAGCACAUCAUGGUCGACCUCGGCACGGGCAACAACAACAAGGUCAACUGGGCCGUCGAGGACGACCAGGAGCUGAUCGACCUGAUCGAGACGGUGUACCGAGGAGCGAGCAAGGGCCGCGGUUUGGUCGUCUCGCCCAAAGACUACUCGACGCGCCUGCGGUACUAGGCGCCCCUCUCUUCUCGCCUCUCUCUUCGUACCGCCGAGCCGAGUGUUGUAAAGCUACCGCGUUGCACCGUG